CCCAGCUCGCCUCCCCUUCCUCCCAGCACGACCAGGUCGCAUACCCUAGCUCCUCCCCGAUGUGAACCUCCCAAGCGACCGGAGACCAUCCCCUUCCGCUACCGGCCACCGACUCGGUUCCGCGCCCCCCUCACAUAUCGUCGACCAGGCCACUAGGACGAAUUCGAGAGCUUGCACGAUGGAGACUGCAGAGUCUCGACCUUGGUCAGAUCUUCAGCCGGAACUCUUAGGCCUGAUCCUCAGGCGCCUCCCCUCCCUGGCUGAUCGGGUCCGUCUUAGGGCAGUCUGUCACCCAUGGCGCUCUAAUAGUAUGUUUCAGUCCCUUCCCCUCCCAUUCCCGUGGCUCACCCUCCCUGAUGGUACCUUCCUCAGCAUUCCAAGCGGUGAAAUUCACCGCAUAUCUGUACCAGAAGGCACGUGUUGCCAAGGCUCCAUUGACAACUGGCUAUUUCUCAUGCACAAUGAUGAGGCGUGCUCAUUGAUGAAUCCUUUCUCCAAGACCACUUUGGAGCUUCCUAAUCUAGCCAGAGUAUGGAAGCGUAAGAAUUUUUAUGAUCCUGACUAUGAAUUUAAUCCAAUUUUCUAUAAGUUGGUGGUGCCAUCGCCCCUGGACUCAUCACCCUGUUCGCUUGUUGCUGCUAUGAUCAUGGAUGGAGGCAACUGUGGUACACUUUGUAUUAGCCAACCACCGAUUGCCUUUGACUCAUUCAGAGAUGAUAAGCAUCCAGUACGGCACCUUGGGGAUGUUGCAUUCUUUGAUGGAAAGCUGUACGUGUUGGGGUUCGGACUUUUCAUUAUUGGAUUUGACGAGAUCGGUAUUUCAUCCAUGGAGCGUAUAAUUGACUCUCUGGGUGAUUUAGAUGGAAUACCUCAAUCAUUGUCGAGUGAGAAGGGGUAUAUGAUAAGGGAGUAUCUAGUUGAAUGUGGCAGUAGACUGUUGAUGGUGAAACGGUGGUUUCACUCUAUGGCCCGUUCAACAAACGAUGAUUUCUUCGAACAUGAACGUACUGUUGCAUUUCAGGUCUUUGAGGCAGAUUUGCUCACAAAACCUUGUCGAUGGAGAAGGGCCAGCGACUUGGGGGGACAUGCACUCUUUCUUGGCCAACAUAGCUCUAAGUCCCUGCCUGCUAGAGAAUGCAGUGAAUACCAGGAGGACUGCAUCUACUUCAUGUGUGACUAUCCCAGGCCGAAGUAUUCUGCAAACCCUCUCCGUGACUCUGGUGUGUAUGAUAUUAGGAAUGGCACAUUCACGCCAUUGAUGUCAGGGUCUACAGAAGUACCGCCACGUCUUGUUGGCCAGUGGCGUCCGACGUGGUUCUUCCCUCCUGAAGUUGUGUGAUCAUUCCAACAGGGUUAGGUAUGUUGGGUUGGAGAUUAUCAUAUGCUGCACCUCUUAACUUAUGCUGAAUCUUUGUGAACAACCCAGCCUGGACACUGCUCAUAUUUAUCCUAGUGAUAUGUUACCGUGCUACUUGAGUUAUUAAUUAGUAUGAUGAUCAACCCAGCCUAUGUUCUGGAUAUCUCUGUCCUAGUGCUAUGCUCUCUUCUGGCUGUAAACUCUUAAUUAGCAUGAUGGUGUAAGCUUGAAACCCUAUGGAUGAUCUUAAUGUAAUGUAUUUGAAUAA